GCUGUGUCGAAUGCACUCUUCACAUUUCGUCGAUACGAUAUGUGGACAACACCACUCUCUCUGCUAAACCCAAUUGAGCGAAGGCGUCCAAGCUAGGGUCUCCUCCCAAUCGGUUGCAUUUCCACCUCCUUUCCAGAACAUUGAACCCAAAGAUUGGGGAAAUCUUGCGAAAUUCUCGCUCCUGAUUCCCUGUUCGGGGAAACGCUACUGGUCAUCCAUUUUCACGGCCUGUGCCAAGGGAGGGCGAAGAUGGGGAUCAGGGGAAGAACCCCGAGCUAGGGCUCUCCCAGCAGGGCGACUUGCCCAGCCCAUUGAAGCUGCUGCAUGAUCAAAACCCCGAAUCGAUUUGCAAAUUAGCAGUCGAUGCGCGACGCCAGGUCGCUUCCACCUACAUAAAAGGCACGUCACUCGACCAGAGCCGAAUUGGACUCGAAAGAUUCUUUCUUUCCCUUUCGCCCGCUGUGCUGUAUAGCUUCUUGACAUGGCCAAGACGCAGGGCCCCGUUGUGGCGGGCGUGGCCAUCGCCUUUGCCGUGUUGACCUUUAUCGUUCUUUGUCUGCGGUUAUUUGCCCGGCUCUUCGUGUUGAAGCGGAUGGGACUGGAUGAUUAUCUGAUUAUCGUCGCUUGUUUGCUUUCAUGGGCUUUCACAGCGGUGACAAUAGUUGCCGUCCAAUAUGGCAUGGGCAAGCAUAUAGAUGAAGUCGACCAAGAUGGUCUCAUUACCUACGCCUUUGUCGUCUGGCUAAGCUCGAUGUUCUACCUCGCCUGUCUAGGCUUCAUCAAAACCUCGGUCUGCUUCUUCUACACUCGACUGGGCGAUAAAGCCUUGACUCGAUUGUCGGUUGUAAUGAUGUGCGUGGUGGGAGGUCAAGCAACGGCGUUUGUCCUGACGGCGGCCUUUCAAUGCAAACCGAUCCCCAAAGCGUGGAAUCCCAGUCUCGAAGGCCAGUGCGUGGACAUCAACGUCUUCUACCUCGCCAACGCGGCCCUGAACAUCGUCACCGAUUUAUUGACCUACACACUCCCUAUCCGGGUGAUCCUCCACCUCCAUAUGCCAUACAAACAAAAGCUGGCAUUGGGAUUCAUUCUCUGCCUGGGUCUAUUCGCCUGCGUCUCCUCCAUUAUCCGCAUCACCUACAUCCCAGCUAUGCUCACCUCCGCGGACUCCACCUACGCCAUCAGCGGCGCAAUGUACUGGUCGUCCAUCGAGAUCAACGUUGGCAUCCUGGCGUCCUCCAUCCCCUCGUUCAAAGCGAUCGCCUCGCGCUUCCUCCCUCGCUGGAUCGGCGAAUACUCCUCCAACAAAGGCUACGGCGGCUGGUCGAGCAGCAACAACAACGCUGCCAAGCGGUACGGGUCCGGCUUCUCCAAGCCGCGGCCGCCCGAGUACGGGAUGAGUGUGCUACAGAGCUGCGCCGAAACGGAGACGAUCGCAGGGACACAUAUCGAGCGGAACGGAAGCGAGGACCGUAUCGUGAUCCCCGCGGGCAAGAUCAUGGCCCAGACAGAGAUCGAGACGAAUGUGGAGGUCAGCCCGGUCUAUUUGCGGUCGUCACCUUCCUUUGAUCUUCCGCGGUGAUGAUUUAUUGUACUGUACAUUAUACUAGACCUGUCCAUAUGUCAUGCAUAGACUACGUU